UCGCUCAGACCGGCUACAACACCGUUCGCUUCCUAUCACUCCGUCAUUCCUGCCGGGAGUCCGGAGCAACAAGCCGUCACGGUUGCCUUUUAUGUUCGGUUUUGCGCCUUCUAUCCUCGAGCUCCCCCCGACCCCUUCUGCGCUGCCACCGCCUCUCGAGUGUGUACUAGAGUACAAGGGCAAAGCUUUUGCUUCUCGCUCACUUCUUGUUCUGUUUAUUCUUGGAGAAAAAUAAUGACAAACGUUAUCGAUCUCAACCAGAUAGCAUGUGCACUGAUCGGCGUGGAGCAUGACAUUGAGACUCCUCAUGGCGUUCUCCAUGUCACAUUGAGAGGAACCCCUAAAGGCAACAGGCCCGUCAUCCUUACCUACCAUGAUAUCGGCCUUAACCAUAAGUCAUGCUUCAACACACUUUUUAACUUUGAGGACAUGCAGGAGAUAACACAGCACUUCGCUGUGGUCCAUGUGGAUGCUCCUGGCCAGCAGGAGAAUGCACCGCCUUUCCCCACCGGGUAUCAGUACCCAACAAUGGAUCAGCUGGCCGAGAUGCUGCCAUCUGUCAUGACCCACCUACGGAUCAAUACAGUGAUUGGGAUUGGUGUUGGUGCAGGAGCUUACAUCCUUUCCAGACUGGCACUGAACCAGCCUGAUUUGGUGGAAGGACUGGUCCUAAUCAAUGUGGACCCCUGUGCAAAAGGCUGGAUGGACUGGGCGGCUUCAAAGUUGUCCGGAUGGACCAGUAACCUGGUGGACAUUGUGAUGGCACAUCACUUUAGCACAGAUGAGCUGACUGAUAACCAGGAGAUCAUUCAGACAUAUCGUCUGCACAUCGCUCAGGACAUGAACCAGGACAAUUUGGCGCUGUUCUGCAACUCCUACAACAGCCGCCGAGACCUGGCCAUCGAGAGGCCCAUUAUAGGGCUUAAUGAGGAUUCAGUCCCCACCCUGAAGUGUCCCGCACUGCUGGUAGUGGGUGAUACUUCUCCAGCUGUUGAUGCAGUGGUUGAAUGCAACUCCAGGCUGAACCCCACAAAGAGCACUUUUCUCAAGAUGGCAGAUUGUGGUGGGCUGCCUCAAGUUGUCCAACCCGGUAAACUUGCUGAGGCUUUCAAGUACUUUGUCCAAGGAAUGGGCUACAUUCCUACUGCCAGCAUGACACGUCUGGCACGCUCUCGUACCCACUCGGCCUCCAGCAUGAACUCGGUGGAAGGGGCACGCAGCCGCACUCAAAACAACGCCCAACCCGAGGGCGCACCUGCCAGCCCCGGCAACGACAACCAAGCCCGGCCUCAAACCAUGGAGUCUAAUACGCUACUGAACGACACUAUAUAAGUUGUCAAGGCUGGUUGAUAAGAAUAGUUGGAAGGCAGAAAGUAAGAAGACAGGCUACGAUUCUAUUCUUUCACCAAGGUCUUCCUUCUUACUCCACCCAGCCUCAUACUGUCCAUUCCAUUUCACUACACACUACAAGUGUAUCCAUUAUACAGACAAACUCUUGUAACCUGAGUAUGACCAGCUAGAACAGAAUGAGAAGCAUGGCCGUAGCGACAUCUGUUAUGUAGUGACAACUAUUAGGCUCUCAUAGUAUGUCUUGUACUACAGUGUAAAGCCUCUUAUCUGAUGCUACUCACAUAGAGAGACGGUAGAAAGAUAGCGUGAUCAUUUUCCACCUAGUAAUCAGUAUUGCGUAAAAUCUGUGACCAUACAUCAUACAGUUUAAGGUUUUUUUUUGUUGUCGGGAGCAAAAUCUUCUGAUCGUUUGCCGUAUUUCGUGAUUGCAGAAAACUCGUUAGCAACCUUGUGUUAACUGUAAAGAUCUCUAAUUACAAGCAUGUUUCGUAAUGGACGUGUGUUUUGUAAUUGCUUUCCUGUAGAUGUUUCAGCAGAUACGGUUUUAGCAGCUACUAAUUAUUUCCUAUCGAACACCACAGGGGGUUGUUUUACACUGUAACAUGUUUUAAUGACUUUAAACCAGAAUCUCUCUUCAUUUAGAUAUUAAUUCUUGUAAUAAAUAUAGAGAAAAUUAAUUGAAAGCUUUGCGUGCUAGUAUAUAUUAAAUGAUUAAAACUAGCCACUGCCACUUACUAAACUUUUAACUCAAUUUAACUUUUUUCCCUUAAACUAGCUGCAAUCUAAUGUACACAGCUACACCUGCAUAUAUAUAUUGCAGCAUGCCGAUACUGUACUGACUACUGCCUCUGUUAGAAUUUGUAGCUUUAUUAUUAUUAUUGUUGAUAUGAGUACUGUUGUUAUUGUUUCAUGGUUGUGUACUCAUUGGUAAUUUAUAACUGUACUGCCUGCUGUGAGCUCGUGGCACUACACUAUAUCCUCUGAACAUCUUCGAGGAGCUGUCUUUCUGUUAAAUUUAUUAAUUUGUACUAAUAAAGUUACAGGUUGUACAUAAA